AUGGAGAAGGGCAGGAUCCACAGUACCCACCCAGGAUGCGUCCGUAAAUGCUUGGAAGCCCCGAGUCUCAGGAUUCUCGGACUCAAGCCCAAUCUGGAUACACUUGCAACGCAAGAUAACAUCCACGGUCAAGGUGUUUCAUUAACAAUGCGAUUCAAGAUCCACUUCAAUUCCACAUUGUCACUAAUGCAUCGUGAAUAA